AUGCGUCUCCAACUUCUCGUCUCCUCUCUCCUGGCAUGGACUGCCCUCGCAGCACCCCUCCAGUCUCGCGAUAUCAUCACCGCCCAAACACUGAUCUCCGACAUUAAAGGCAUCGACGACGGUGUCAAUGCCCUGACCGCAUCGAUCGAGGCAUACAAUGGCGGUCUCAUUGCUGAGCUGCCCAUCGGUGCAGAUAUUGCCGCUAUCCAUGUCGCCAACCGCAAAGGCUUUGUCGAUGCGAGCCUUCGAGCAACACCCUUUAACGCCGAGGAUUCAACUGCAAUUGUCGAGUACACUGCUUCCAGCGUCGGCGUGGAUAUUCCAGCUUCUGUCAAUGUCCUCAAAGCCAAGUACGACGUGUUUGCAGGUCANAAAGUUGUCAUCCUUACUGGGCUGAAGCUAUUGAAGAACGAUCAUGAUACCUUUUCGGCUGCUCUGGUGUCGAAGAUGACAGCAGACAAGGAUCACGGGUAUGCUGCUGUUGCUGUGAUUGAUGAUGCGCUACAAAGUGCGAUUGAUCUAUACUCUGCUUAA